AUGCCGCCCAAAGAGCAGGUCAAGAAACCAUUCUUACCCCAGGGCAAGUAUCUGAAGCCCGAUGAAAUCGAGUACGAAUUCGGUGGGACUCCCGGGGUCAUCGGGAUGCUCGUCGGAUUCCCGCUGCUAAUGUACUACAUGUGGAUCUGUGCCGAGUUCUACAACGGCGCCAUUGCCCUGCCAGCAAAGGGCCAGACUUGGUACGACUUCGUCGUCUCCGAUCUGUACGGGAAGUACUUCGUCAACUACGCUGUGCCCCAUAGGUACGCGUGGACCAUCUUCUUGUCCUUUUGGGCAAUCCAAAUCGUGUUCUACUACACUUUGCCGGGCAUCUGGACAAAGGGUCAACCACUAACCCACUUGAAGAACAAACAGUUGCCUUACUACUGUAACGCCAUGUGGUCGCUGUACACUACAACGGCGCUCGUCCUGACGCUGCACGUCACCGGUAUCUUCAAACUGUACACCAUCCUUGAGAUCUUCGGCCAGAUUAUGACCUGCGCCAUCGUCUCCGGGUUCACCUUCUCCAUUGUCCUGUACCUGUGGACCCUGUUCGUCUCUGGCGACUACCACAGAAUGACAGGGAACCACCUGUACGAUAUGUUCAUGGGUGCACCUUUGAACCCAAGGUGGGGGAUCCUGGACUUGAAGAUGUUCUUCGAAGUUAGAUUGCCUUGGUUCACUUUGUACUUCAUCACGUUGGGGGCAUGUCUGAAGCAGUAUGAGACUUACGGGUACGUGACCCCACAGCUCGGUGUCGUCAUGCUUGCCCACUGGCUUUACGCCAACGCAUGUGCAAAGGGUGAGGAGCUGAUUGUCCCCACUUGGGACAUGGCCUACGAAAAAUUCGGGUUCAUGUUGAUCUUCUGGAACAUCGCAGGUGUCCCAUACACGUACUGCCAUUGCACCUUGUACCUGUACUACCACCACCCUUCCGAGUAUCAAUGGUCCACCAGGUACAACGUCUCGCUGUACGUGAUCCUGUUGAUAGCGUACUACUUCUUCGACACGGCGAACGCGCAGAAAAACUUCUUUAGAAAGAGAAUCGCUGGGGACAAGACCGUCAGGAAGACUUUCCCCUUCCUACCAUACCAGAUCUUGGAGAACCCAAAGUACAUGGUCACCUCCACGGGCUCGUACCUGCUGAUCGACGGGUGGUACACAUGGGCGAGAAAGAUCCACUACACCGCGGACUGGACCCAAUCGUUGAUCUGGGCGCUUUCUUGCGGCUUCAACUCGCCGUUCCCCUGGUUUUUCCCCAUCUUCUUCUUCGUAGUACUAGUCCACAGAGCGAUUAGGGACCAAACCAAGUGCAGAAGAAAGUACGGUAAGGACUGGGACACAUACCUGACCCACUGUCCAUAUUUAUUCAUCCCUUAUGUGUUAUGA